CGUAGUACCGGUUAGAUUGAAAGGAUUUAAUUGUAAUGAAAUGAAGUAUAAGGACCGAUUUUGCACUGUACAACUAGCUAGAAGGACCAAAUUGUUAAUUUCUUUAAUGAAAGAGGUAGCAACUUGCAAAAUCCCAUCUAAUUCCAAGUCAUAUUUCUCUCUCUUCUUCGUUCUCUCCCUCAUCUCUGUCACCGAAGCUAUGGCUUUUCGACCUCUCGCUUCCAAAACGAGACCCUUCUUUUUCAGCUCUCACUUCCGCUUUCUCGCCUCUCUCGCCCCACAGACCUUCCAAACCCAGCCGUUGCCAGAGCUGGUAAGCGAGAUUUCCCGCCUUCUCAGCGACCAUAGGAAUCCGCACCACGAUUUGGAGCUCUCACUCCGCGCUUAUCGGCCGCAAAUCUCCGCGGAGGCCGUCGAGCAGGUGUUGAAGCGCUGCAGGAAUCUAGGGUUCCCUGCUCACAGGUUCUUCCUUUGGGCCAAGAGUAUUCCUGGGUUUCAACACAGUGCCCACAGCUAUCACAUUCUGGUGGACAUUUUAGGAGGUAGCAGGCAGUUCGCUAUACUAUGGGAUUUCUUGAUAGAAAUGAGAGAUUCUCGUGAUUUUGAGGUCAAUUCAGAGACUUUAUGGCUUGUAUUUAGAGCUUAUAGCAGGGCUAACCUCCCAAAUGAUGCCAUUCGAGCUUUCGGCCGAAUGGCAGAGUUUGAUUUGAAGCCUGGGAUUAAUGAUCUCGACCAGCUUGUAUAUGCUCUUUGCAAACGCAGGCAUGUGAAGCAGGCCCAGGAGUUUGUUGAUAGAGUUAAGCAUGAGAUCGAGCCGACGGUGAAAACGUAUAGUAUAUUGGUGCGGGCAUGGGGAGGCAUUGGGGACAUGGAAUCUGCACGGAAGGCGUUUGAUGAAAUGCUUCAACGAGGGUGUGCGGUGGAUGUACCUGCAUACAACAGCCUAUUGGAAGCUUUAUGCAAGGGAGGGAGUGUCGCUGAAGCGUAUAACAUGUUUCGAGAAAUGGGUUCUCGUGGAAUCCAACCUGAUGCUGGUAGCUAUGCCAUAUUCGUUCGUGCAUAUUGUGAGGCAAAUGAUGUUCAUUCGGCUUUUCGGGUGCUUGAUAGAAUGAAAAGAUACAAUCUUCUGGCCAAUGUGUUCACAUAUAAUUGUGUCAUCAAGAAGCUCUGUAAGACGGAUAGAGUAGACGAGGCUUACCAGCUUCUUGAUGAGAUGCUGGAGAAGGGGGUUCCUCCUGAUGCAUGGAGUUACAACGCGAUACUAGCAUAUCAUUGCGAGCAUUCAGAGGUCAACAGAGCUACCAACCUGGUUUCCCGAAUGGCAAAAGAUGGCUGCUUGCCUGAUCGGCAUAGCUACAACAUGGUGCUGAAAUUGCUGGUAAGGGUUGGUAGAUUCGACAGAGCAACCCAAGUAUGGGAGAGCAUGGAGGAGAACAAGUUUUAUUCAUCUGUUUCGACCUAUGCGGUUAUGAUUCACGGUCUGUGCAAGAAAAGGGGUAAGCUUGAAGAGGCAUGUAAGUAUUUUGAGAUGAUGCUUGAUGAGGGCAUUCCACCAUAUUCUUCUACUAUUGAGAUGCUGAGAAACCGGCUUAUCGGGUUGGGACUAAUGGAUACCAUCGAGAUACUUGGUGGUAAAAUGGAAAGAAGCUCUUGUUGUUCAAUACAGGAGCUGGCUGUUGAAAUGAGAGGCCAUAAGAGUCAUGUGAGGUCCAAAAGGGAAGUGACAGAGUCUGAAGGUGAUUGAAUACUGAGACAUUCUCGUUCAUAUGAAAUGUGGCUACUCUUUAUUGCCCCAACUUCUUCACUAUUGUUUCAAUUUUUGGCGUUUUCUGUGUGGGGACUAAAAGAGCUGACGUGACGAGGACUUUCGGGAUAACUGGUAGAUGUGAAGGGGGCUGAAGUGUUGACGAUGAAGGAGACAUCUCGGAAUGUUUUCUAUGUCACAGAUGUACUGGGGAAAUUGGCGGAUGGGAAGAUAAUGGAGUAUGUUAGGGGAAAGAUAGGGUUCAGUUGCUUGCAGGUAAAGGAACUGCCACCCUGGUGUACCACAAGGAAGGUGGGGAGAGGGAUGGGCAUGCGGUUGCUGUGGGGAAGUUGGGAGAACAAUUAUCCAAUGUCUGUUAGCAGCAAGGAAGGUCAAAAGAGACAUGGCAAAGGAUUGGUUGACUGACAAUACCUCAGGCGCAGCCAAGUAU